AGAAGACCUAACACGAGAUGCCACUUUCGAGUAGUUCCACGUCCUCGUCCAAGAGCAUCCGCAGGGCAGCAUCCGAGUUGGAAAGGUCGGACUCCAUCACGUCACAGCGCUUCCUGGGACGACGGCACAGCUUGAUCGAUGACGCACGGAAGGAGCGCGAGGCAGCCGCGGCUGCAGCGGAGGCUGCAGAGGCCAGCGAGCAGAUCGUAUUCGAAGAGGACGAUGGAAGAGCCCUUGUCAACCUCUUCUUCACUUUAGCCGGCAACAAGACGCCCGUGCUUUCGAGGACUCUCAAAGUGUUUGAGACAUUUGAAGCAAAGAUCCAUCAUUUGGAGACGCGGCCGUGCCGCAAGCCCAAGGACAGUCUGCACAGCCUGGAGUACUUUGUCCGCUGUGAAGUGCACCUCUCGGACGUCAGCACUCUCAUCAGCUCCAUCAAAAGAAAUGCAGAAGACGUCAAGACCACAAAGGAAGUCAAAUUUCACUGGUUUCCAAAGAAAAUAGCAGACUUGGAUAAAUGUCACCAUCUGAUCACCAAAUUUGAUCCAGACUUUGAUCAUGAUCAUCCUGGCUUCACAGACCCCGUCUACAGACAGAGGAGGAAAAUGAUUGGAGACAUUGCCUUUGGAUACAGACAUGGAGAUCCGAUUCCCAGGGUGGAAUAUACAGACGAGGAAAUUGGCACAUGGAGGGAAGUCUACUCGACACUCAGAGACCUGUACGCCACGCAUGCCUGCAGUGAGUACCUUGAGUCUUUCCGUCUCCUUGAAAGGCAUUGUGGAUACAGUGCAAACAACAUUCCCCAGCUUGAAGAUGUGUCUCGCUUUCUUAAAGAGCGCACUGGCUUUCUGCUGCGUCCAGUGGCAGGUCUCCUCUCAGCUCGAGAUUUCCUGGCCAGUUUGGCAUUCAGGGUGUUUCAGUGCACCCAGUACAUCCGUCAUGGCUCCUCUCCGAUGCAUUCCCCAGAGCCCGACUGUGUCCAUGAACUUUUAGGCCACGUCCCUAUGCUGGCGGACUGCACAUUUGCACAGUUUUCCCAGAAUCUUGGCCUGGCAUCAUUGGGUGCGUCAGAUGAAGAUAUUGAGAAACUCUCCACACUGUAUUGGUUCACUGUGGAGUACGGUUUGUGCAAACAAAAUGGUGAAGUGAGAGCUUAUGGUGCAGGACUACUUUCUUCAUAUGGAGAACUUGUGCACUCGCUAUCUGACGAACCGGAGACGAGGGAGUUUGAUCCAGAAGCUGCAGCAGUGCAGCCCUACCAAGACCAGACCUACCAGCCCGUCUACUUCAUUUCAGAGAGUUUUUCGGAUGCAAAGGAGAAAUUCAGGGCAUUUGUUGCUGGUAUCCACCGUCCCUUCUCGGUGAAGUUCGAUCCAUACACCAGCAGCAUAGAAGUCCUGGACAACCCCUUGAAGAUCCAAGGAAGCUUGGAAGGAGUGAAGGAUGAACUGAAGAUGCUAAUUGAUGCCAUUGGUGUUUUGUCCUGAAAUUCCACUCUUUAACUUCCUGUCCUGCCACCCCACCUUGCUGUUGUUUGCCUCUUCUCUGAUGUGCUCUGCAACACCGAAAGUGUGACAAGAUGUGUGUGUUUGGUACCUCCACUUCGAUGGAGUUGAUCAUGAAAAUGUCAUCUCCUUGUAGCUGUUCUGAAAAAGAUUGCAACCAUUUAAACCUCAAAGUCCACAUUUAAGACGAUAUUUCCACAGAUGUUCAGUGCCUCUCAUGUAGAGACAAUAAUGGCCAUACAGUCUGUAAAAAAAAAAAAAAAAAGGUGUCGUGUUCAAAAAUAAAAUGAAAUGUAUGAUGUGCGUAUAAGAAAAGAGUAUAGUUUGAUUAUUUUAUAAUCAGCAACAUAAUACAGUAUCUAAGAUGGGAAGGUGAGACUGUAUGAAAUCUAAUUGUGUCUUCAGUAUCUGCUAUAUGAAAAAUGCUGUAUGCAAGUUAAGUAUUUUGGCUAUUAUUAUUUAAAAUUGUUAAUGUCUUAUGUGUUGCAAUGUCAAUGCACGAUUUUAAAAAAACGCAAAACCUGUUUGUUGAUUGCUGCUUUACUAAAAAUCUAAACUACCA